AGGGAGAGAGAGAGAGAGGGAUAGGGGGAGAGACGCGGAGAGCGAGAAAGACAGAAGGAGGGGGUAGACACACAAGUACAGUACACGCACCUCUCUCUUACGUGUUACGUGCGGUCAGUGCGAGAGGCUGCGACGUGCCGCGAGCAUGCGUCUGCGACGAACGGCCCUUAAGGCUGCGAACGAGCAGCACGCCGACUCGCCUUCGUCGCGGUUGUCGCCAUCAUCAUCAUCAACAUCAUCCUCGUCGCCGUCGCCGCCUUAAUCGCUCGCGCAUCGCCUUAAUCCGCGAAUGCUCCCCUUAACUAGGGAACGCCAGGUAGCAUUUCAGCCACGGAAAAACAGUCCUUUCGUGAUUGAUGCGUUGAAAAAGAAAGGAUACCCUUGUCGCCUGUCGCGGUAUAGUGUCCGUGAAAAUUGACGUUGGCGCUUGUCACCUUCGGCAUCAGCGCAUCCCAGUGGACAUGAAGCCCUCUGAGAAAGGGUGUCGCGUGUCGACCCCGACAAGCGGGUCGCGGGUACUACUUGUGCUACUAGUAUCUCACGAGUGUCAUUCACCCAGUGCGCUUGUCUCGAUGAACACAGCCGAAUAUUGCUCGAGAAGAGGCUGCCCCGCGACGUAACGUAGCUGCGUUUCUCUCAUAAUCGAAAGAUCGCUUACACUCUUGAGAGGAGAUCCGUCUCGGAGCGAGUCCAAACUCCGAUCGUCGAGAUCACUCGAGAGAUGGAGUCGUGAUCGAAACGGUACGUCCGUUCGGCACCAAAGAGAUCCACUCGGGGACCUAGUCCUCCAAGUCUUUGGCGUGUGAAUUGGCGCGUUUUCAGGAUCGCUCGAGCGAUUCCUGACGCGGGACCGGCUCCGGCGAGUCCGGGAUUACUCGUCCGCAUCGCAGCGUUUUAGGCGAAUCGCCAAACUGGACGCGGAGGUCAGCGGUGGCGGCGGUGGCCGCAGGGGUGUCAGCCCGACACCCCUCAACAGUAUAAACCCGGAUCAUCCGGGAUUGCGAAGCACGCCUCUGGCCAUGUUGGCGGCUCAGUGCAACAAGCUGAGCAGCAAGAGCCCGCCACCGCUAGCGGACGCGGCGGUAGGCAAGGGUUUCCAUCCUUGGAAGAAGAGCCCGCAGAGCAGCGGCAGUUCGCCGCAGCAUAGCAGCGGAGGGGGAGGCGGCGGCGGAGGAGGAGGAGGAGGCGGCGGGUGCACCACGACGGGAGUGAGCCAGAGACCGGCAGCAACGAGCAGCGCCGGCAGCACGACCGGCGGUUACGCCAGAGCGCCAGUGACAUCGUGCGCCUCGACCGCACCGCAAUACGGUAGCGAGUUGUACUUUCCCGGGACAGCGAGCGCUCAACCGGCCGGCGAUCCCCAUCACCAUCAGAGCAGUCUCUUGGGCAAGGUCGAGGGUGCGACCUUGGGCUCGGUAUACGGGAGGCAUCCGUACGAGUCGUGGCCGUUCAACGCGAUGCCGGGCGCGACUCACGGCGGAAUCAAAGCGAGCGACGGUUGGUGGGAUGUGCACGGUGCCGCGACCGCCGGCGGUUGGCUGGACGUGAGCGGCACCGUCGGCGUCGGGGUCCACGCGGCGCAAAUGGCCAAUUACUCGGCCGAUUACUCGACGAGCCUCGCGCUCGCCGGGAAUCAUCUGCUGACGACGGCCACGACCGCCGGGCACAAUCUCCUGCAAGACACGUACAAGUCGAUGCUACCGGGCGGACCGCCCGGAUUCGGGCUCCAUCAUCACGCGGCCGCGACUGCCGGCGCCGGCGCCGGAAGUCCGCAGGGCGGCGGCGGCGCCGGGGGUGUCGGCGGGGUCGGGGGCGCCGGCGUCAGCCAAGCGCCCUCGCCGCGCUCGCAGAGACGUUACACCGGUCGCGCCACGUGCGAUUGCCCGAAUUGUCAAGAAGCCGAGAGACUCGGUCCCGCCGGCGUGCACCUCAGGAAGAAGAACAUCCACAGCUGCCACAUACCGGGAUGCGGCAAGGUCUACGGGAAGACGUCGCAUCUGAAGGCCCACUUGCGGUGGCACACUGCGGCACCUUCGAACCCACACCGGCGAAAAGAGAUUCGCCUGCCCGGUCUGCAACAAGCGGUUCAUGCGCAGCGACCAUCUCGCGAAGCACGUCAAGACCCACAGCAGCAGCAGCAGCAGCAGCGGCAGCAAGGGCAAGGGGGGAGCGGGGAGCUCGUCGGCCGAGUCUUGCUCCGACAGCGAGGACAACGGGAGUCAGCAGAGUCCCACUUCCAGCUCGGUGCCGCAGCCGCAGCCGCCGUCGCAGCCGGCGGCCCAGGCCCAGCAGCAGCAGCAGCUGGCAGCGGCUGCGGCGGCGGCAGCGGCAGUAGCGGCGGCAGCGGUGGCGGCGGGCCAGGACACCACCAGCAACACCACCUCCCCCCAGACCACCAACACUCUCGGCCAUCAGCCGACAACACCCAUGACCCCAAUACAGAUGACCCCGCCGCCUCUGACCCCACACCAUCCCCACCACCCGCAUCUCCCGCCUCUAAUGCACCAUCCUCAUCAUCACGCAACCUCCGUGCCGGCGGCCCAUCAUCCGCACGCGGGGAUGAGCAUGCACUGAGCCCGGUGGGGCCCGGAGCCGGUGCCUGCAGUACCCCUGCCGCAACGGCCCUGGGCUCCCCCCUAUCCUACCCCCUCAAUCUGAACCUCAUGCAGAAUCACGCGACCAUUAAUCCGUCGGCCAUCGCCCACCAUCACCAUCAGCAGCACCAAAACCACCAUCACCAUCAUCACCACCACCACCAAUCGCACCAACAACAGCAUCCGCGACAAAACAAUUCCUACUCUGUGCAACAGAAUCCUGGCACGCCGGGGACCGCGCAGACUCCCUCACCCUCGUCCCCCGCGCCUGUACAUAGUCUCUAAGCCGUUACGAGCGCACUCGCGUCCGACAACCGGUCACAAUCCACCGCACGUCCGUCCGCCGCGUUCAUACACGCAGGCACGAGUAAUAUACACACGUAGACACAAGAGCAUACACGAAGGUACACACGAAUCUGGCUCCCCGUCCUGGUUCCGAAUACGGAAAAUGGUCCCCGUUUUUAAAUACACGCACGCGAAUUUUCAGGAUUUUUUUUUUAUCUGUACAUAAUAUAUAUAUAUAUAUACAUGACGCGUGAAAGAGAGGGAGAGACAGAGAGAGAGAGAAAGAAAGUGAGAGAGAGAGAGAGAGAGGGAGAGAGAGAGAAAUGAUAUAUUAAUUAUAAGCGGUGUAAUGUUGUGUGUAAAAAAAAAGUAACCCGUAUAAAUAUAUAAAUAUAAAUAUAUAAAUAUAUAUAUAUACGGGGUGUUUCUAAAACUAUGUCGGAGAUUUUAAGGGCGUAUUCUAGGGAUUGAAAUAAGAAAAAAAGCUCGUAUAAACAUGAGUCGAAAAAUGUUUUUCCUCCGAGUUAUAGCCCCCUAAAGUUGAGGGAAAAAAUCGAAAAA